GUCUUCUGUUACAUUUAUCCCCAAUUUGGUUUAGGGUUUUUUCAACUUCGUCUCUGCUCUAACCACGAAAAAUUAGGGUUUUUUUUAAAAAAGACAAAAUUUUUACCGGUUGAGAGAAGGAAAAAUUAACCUCGGAUUUGACUUCAUUCUCUAGUCGUAGCUUUUUGGGUUUUUGGUUUCGUCUAUGAAUUCGUGUUUGGAACUGUUGAGUUCUUAGUAAACUUCCUCAGAGCUUUGUUAAUGGGUUUUGUGAUCUCAAUGGGGGUUUUGUUUUUCUAAAGUUUCGAUUUUUUUGAUAGUUUGAAUUGAGAAGAGAUGAUUGCGGAGAAACCCGUUUGGGUUAAACAUGAAGGGUUACAGAUAUUUUCCAUUGAUGUUCAGCCUAAUGGUGAAAGGUUUGCUACAGGCGGUGGUGACCACAAGGUCCGUAUAUGGAACAUGAAGUCUGUUGACAAGGAUUUGCAAAACAUAGAUACAAAGGAGAGGCUUCUUGCAACUCUUCGUGACCACUUUGGGUCAGUCAAUUGUGUUAGGUGGGCUAAGAACAGUAGGUAUGUGGCAUCUGGUUCUGAUGAUCAAGUGAUUCAAAUUCAUGAGAGGAAGCCUGGUUCAGGCACCACUGAGUUUGGUAGUGGAGAAGCCCCCGAUGUUGAGAACUGGAAAGCUGUAAUGACAUUAAGGGGCCACACUGCCGAUGUGGUGGAUCUUAAUUGGUCUCCAGAUGAUUCUAUGCUGGCUAGUGGGAGUCUGGACAACACAAUCCAUAUAUGGAAUAUGCGCACUGGUAUGUGCACUACUGUUCUCAGGGGUCACUUGAGCUUGGUUAAAGGUGUAACCUGGGAUCCAAUCGGGUCUUUUAUUGCUAGCCAAUCAGAUGACAAAACUGUGAUAAUAUGGCGAACAAGUGACUGGGGCAUGGCUCACAAAACAGAUGGUCACUGGGCAAAAUCGCUUGGAUCCACAUUUUUUAGGCGACUUGCGUGGUCCCCUUGUGGCCACUUCCUUACUACCACUCAUGGGUUUCAGAAGCCGAAGCAUUCUGCUCCUGUGUUAGAAAGAGGGGAAUGGUCCGUAGCAUAUGACUUCCUAGGUCACAGUGCUCCAAUCAUUGUUGUUAAGUUCAAUAAUUCGAUGUUCAAAAGAACCCACUUAGGUACCCAGGAAACUAAACGAGUUGGGUGGAGCAAUGGAACAUCAAAGUCAGGGGAAAAAGAUUUGCAGUCAUACAAUGUUAUUGCAAUUGGGAGUCAAGACCGUACCAUAACCGUAUGGACAACUGGAAGUGCGCGUCCUCUUUUCGUCGCGAAGCAUUUCUUUGGCCAAAGUGUUGUGGAUCUAUCAUGGAGUCCUGACGGAUAUUCACUUUUCGCAUGUUCCUUGGAUGGAACAGUGGCGAUGAUUCACUUUGACCCAAAAGAAUUAGGCGUCAGGCUAACCGAUCCUGAACUCGAUGAAUUGAAGAAAGGUCGAUAUGGAGAUGUCAGAGGCCGGCAAGCAAACUUAGUUGAGACCCCAGCCCAGUUAUUACUUGAAACAGCCUUGACAAAGCAAACAGGUAGUAAGAGGAUGGCAUCGGAUGUUCAACAAAAUCAGGUGACAGUAAAACCAUCUGCUAAUGUUGAGACUACUGCAAAGAGGCGUAAAUCGCUAAUCGAUGAUCGGAAUAAGACAGCAGAGGCUACUACUGGUGACACAUUAAAUAAAGCAUCUAUCUUAAAUAGGGUAUCCAGUCCUGUGAAUCAAAAAGUGUAUAGAAGGCCUGAUGGAAGAAAGAGGAUUAUUCCUGAAGCUGUUGGAAUUCCCCAACAGGAGAAUAAUAUCGCGAUUAAUGGACAAUCCCAUAAUUUUCUGCCUGCAAUCACUGCUGCUCCUGGGACAGGAGAUUGUGGAGAUUUUCCUGUGGGGAUUGGCAAUAGGGAUUCAUCUGUGAAAGAAAUAGUGUGCAGGAAUCCUGAUCUUAAAGAGCGUUCAAGGAUUACAGCUCGUGCUACCAUAACUGAGGGCCUUGUGAUUGAGAAGGUUCCUGGAACCUCUGGUAAAGAUGGAGUUUUAAAUGUUGAGCAAUCUGUAGGUAUAAAAGAAUCUUCUAGCACAGAUCUGCUAAUAAGGGUAUUUGAUUGGAAAGAAGGGGAAGCUGCACCACCUGUUUGCUUAGAAGCUUUUCCAAGGGAGCAUGCUUUGGACACUGUUGGUGCAGUAAGUACAUCUAUGGUCAAGGAAACUGAAAUUACUUGCAAAAAAUCAGGUGAAACUCUUUGGUCUGAUCGGAUUAUGGGGAGAGUCACUGUUUUGGCCGGAAAUCCAAAUUUUUGGGCUGUUGGAUGCGAAGACGGAAGCCUCCAGGUGUACACUAAGUGUGGAAGGCGUGCGAUGCCUACAAUGAUGAUGGGGUCUGCUGCAACAUUUAUUGAUUGCGACGAUAGCUGGAAAUUGUUGCUUGUAACAAGCAAAGGCUCUCUAUAUGUAUGGGAUCUAUUCAAUAGAAAAUGUGUUCUCCAUGACUCUCUAUCUUCUUUGGUCUCUUCUGAUGUCAAUUUAUCUUCCACAGUAAAAGGUAUUCAAAAGAAUGAAAACUGGUAUUACCAAUUUUAUCUUGUGGGUGACUUAGUAGUGGAGAUACUAACUUGGUUUUUGAAUGAUGUGUUAUGAACUAUCAAAGUGAUAUCUGUGAAAUUAUCCAAAUCUGGUUCACCACUUGUAGUUCUAGCCACACGUCAUGCAUACCUCUUUGAUACGAGUCUAAUGUGCUGGCUAAGAGUGGCUGAUGACUGCUUCCCGGCCUCAAAUUUCAGUAGCUCCUGGAAUUUGGGCUCAGCUCCAUGCGGCGAGCUUGCUGGUUUGCAGGUUGAUGUCAGAAAGUACAUGGCUAGAAAGCCGGGGUGGAACAGGAUAACUGAUGAUGGAAUGCAAACACGUGCACAUUUGGAAACUCAACUUGCAUCUUCUCUUGCACUUGAGUCUCCUAAUGAAUACCGCCAGUGUCUCCUCGCCUAUGUGAGGUUUCUAGCAAGAGAGGCAGACGAGUCCAGACUAAGAGAAGUCUGCGAGAGCUUUCUUGGACCUCCAACUGGUAUGGCUGAAGCAGCAUCUUCAGACAAAAACUUGUCUUGGGAUCCUUAUGUUCUGGGGGUGAAGAAGCAUAAACUUUUGAGAAACGAUAUUCUCCCUGCAAUGGCGUCAAACAGAAAAGUGCAGCGGCUACUAAAUGAGUUUAUGGAUCUCUUAUCUGAAUAUGAAGAUGCAGAACCAGCAGAUCCUGGCCCUAAGGGCUCGACACCUACGAUGAACUGUGGUGGAGUCCCAUCUUCAUUGGAUAAAAUAGGCUCUGAUCCUCCAGCCUUGACAGCUACUACUCCUAUGACAACAGACAAUGACAAACUAGUUUCUCUGGGAAAUUCAGCGGCUUUGGAGAUAAGUGCGUGUGAGAAACCAGGUUCUGAAGACCGGGAUAGACAAGACCAGAACUCAAAAGACUCGGGUUCUUGAACUUGUUCCCUCAAUGUUUCUUUUGUAUAUCAAGCUCAGAGAGCUGUGUAAAGGUUCUCAGUUAGGCGUCGUUAAAGAUUUGAGAACAGAGAAAAAUGAUGAGACGUAACAGACUGAGUCUCUCAAGUUAGCUAUAGAGUGACCCUGUUUAGUAUAUCCCAUUAUAAGUGAGAUGGUUUUUGUUUUAGUUUUCUUUCAAAAUUAACAAUAUUUUGUAUCAAUCUAUUUUUGUUUCUUUUU